AUGGACUCCAUCGCCUUCAUCAAGACCGUCUUCUGCGUGGGUGUCUGGUUUCUCGCAGUCACCGCCCUCGCCAGCCAACAUCCCAUGGCUGAGCCCAGAGUCGCUCCCCGCCAGGAACACGCUCAUCCUAAUGCCAUAACCACCGUCACUGACACUGACUGUGGAACUAAAGUCCCGACCAGCACCGUGUCUCUGACUGCGCCUCUUCCGGGUACGACUCUGACCACAACCGCCUCCCUUCCCACCGAAACUCAUCCAACCCUGUCUGGAACGAUGACUCUUCCAACCGGCCUUUCCACUACGACUGGGGUUUCCACUGUGACUAGUGUUCCUACUACUGCUCCCACCCUGGUCCCCGUGCCUCCGUCUGCAAGUUCGUCAGCUUCGUCAGGCUCCGCUACCUCAGCGAGCUCGGCGCCCACUACCGUUGCCCCAACCGGGUCGUCAGUGUCUUCUACAGCCUCUACCCAUACUUCUUCCUCUGGCGAGCACCAGACUACUCUGACCGGCACUCACACUCACAGUACUACUCACAAGGGAGCCUCGUCGACCACCACGGCCCACUCUACAUCCUCUUCCACUGCUCCGCCCCAAACCGGUGAUGCUGUCACUCAGGGAAGACUGAACGCAGCUAUUCUGGCUAUGCUUGCUACGUUCCUUGGUUUCCUCGCCGUCUAA